AUGGCUGGUUUCCUCUCCACACUUAGAGGUGGCUGUAAAGCCCUCUUCAGAUCCUUUACCUCUACACUUUCCACCGUCAAAAAAUGGUUUCAACAUGAAAUCACCCCAAUAAUCCAGGAAAUCGCUUCCUUUGUCCAUCAUUUGUAUCAUAACUAUGUGCGUUCAUUUGCAUCGCAAGCUUUUCAAUUCGCCUCCGACCAUCUUGGAAUAGCUAUCGGACUCUUUUGCAUCACUGUUAUGGCCUGUCUGUGGAUAAUGACUACACCAUCACUUUACACCUUAGGUUUUACGAUCUUAGUUUCUCUCGCCGCACUUGCCCAGUCCAUCAUCGGAAUGGUACCUGCUGGUAGCAUAUUUGCGAUAUUUCAGAGUGCUGGUAUGGCUGACACCGGCUUGUUUACACUUAAUGGAAUUACUGUUGGUAUUGCUGCUUUGAUUCUGUUGGCAGUGGUGGUGCGCUUAAUUAUACUGCAGCGAAUGGAAAGGGAGAAGAGAAAGGAGGGUGAGAGUGAGAAGGAGAGGAACAAGGCGUUUUGA